CAUUGUUUUAGAGACGGGGAUGAGGGGAAAGGGGAGAGAGUGAACCACGCCUCCCAGGUGCUCUCCCCGCUUUUCGGGGAGCUUGUGUUACCCGCUAGUGAACCUUGCCCGGUAGCAUUGGGCGCUUGCUCUGUCAGAGCCCUGCACGGGGACUGACUGAGAGCCUAAGGGGCGUGGCGUUGAGAGAGUAGAAACUUGCAUCUCGGAUACUGGACCGGAGACAGGAGGACAGGAGCGGGAGCCGGGCGGCUACGGCGGCGGCUGCAGCUCCGGGCUCCCGCUGCUUUGCCGAGAGCUGCAGGGAGGGCAGAAGACUACAGCUAUCUAAACUGAAAAGCUACUUCAGGCUCUUUAAUCAAAGCAACCUUGAGUCACACUGGAUUCUACCAUUGGGAAGCCUGCCCUCCUGCUUACUGUGUUUUUACUUCUGAUUUGGUGAUACUCAAGCUAAGCUUGUCUGCUAUUCAAAAUGAAUAACUUCCAGGAUACUAUGGACCACACACAAGAAAAUGAAAUUCUUAUAGCAACCCAAACAUAUUGCGUGGAGCGGCCCAUCUAUAGCUAUCCAGCCCUACAUGGGAAGCUGCACAAGAAGGACAAGGUUUCUGACCCUAUUGGAGAUAAGAUAAAGCGGGCUUUAAGCUGUACUCCUAAGAAAAUAAGGAAUAUUAUCUAUAUGUUCUUGCCUAUAUGUAAAUGGUUGCCAGCUUAUAAACCAAGAGAAUAUGUAUUUGGGGACUUUGUCUCAGGUAUAAGCACAGGGGUGUUACACCUUCCUCAAGGUCUAGCUUUUGCAAUGUUGGCAGCUGUGCCUCCAGUAUUUGGCCUGUAUUCUUCAUUUUAUCCUGUUAUCCUGUAUUGUUUUUUUGGCACUUCCAGACACGUCUCCAUAGGUCCAUUUGCUGUGAUUAGCCUAAUGAUCGGUGGAGUGGCUGUCCGAUUAGUUCCAGAUGAUAUGUACGUUGGUGGAGGAGGUGCUAAUUCAACUAAUGGCACAGAGGAAAGAGACGCUAUGAGAGUAAAAGUUGCUAUGUCGGUAACUUUGCUUUCAGGAAUUAUUCAGUUUUGCUUGGGUGUCCUGAGGUUUGGAUUCGUGGCCAUCUACCUAACUGAGCCCUUGGUCCGUGGUUUCACAACCGCAGCAGCAGUACAUGUCUUUACUUCCAUGUUAAAAUAUCUGUUUGGUGUGAAGACAAAGCGACACAGUGGACCCUUUUCAGUUGUCUAUAGUACUCUUGCUGUGAUAGCAAAUGUCAAAAAACUCAACAUAUGUUCCCUUGUUGUUGGAUUGAUGUGUUUUGCUUUGCUUCUGGGCGGCAAGGAGUUUAAUGAAAGAUUUAAAAAUAAAUUGCCAGCACCUAUUCCUUUAGAGAUCGUCGCAGUGAUAAUAGGAACUGGCAUUUCAGCAGGAUUUAAUUUAGAAGAAUCCUACAAAGUGGAUGUUGUUGGAUCACUCCCGCUGGGGUUAUUAGCUCCAGCUACCCCAGAUUCCAGCCUCUUUCAUCUUGUCUAUGUUGAUGCUAUUGCCAUUGCAAUUGUUGGAUUUUCAGUGACCAUCUCAAUGGCCAAAAUCUUUGCAGUUAAACAUGGCUACCAAGUUGAUGGAAAUCAGGAACUCAUCGCCCUAGGCAUAUGCAAUUCCAUUGGAUCGCUUUUCCAAACCUUCUCCAUUUCAUGUUCCUUGUCUCGGAGUCUUGUUCAAGAGAGUACUGGAGGAAACACUCAGGCGGUGCUAUCAGCCAUCGUGAUUGUGAACUUGAAAGGAAUGUUUAUGCAAUUCUCAGAUCUCCCUUUUUUCUGGAGGACCAGCAAAAUAGAACUAACUAUUUGGCUUACCACUUUUGUUUCCUCCCUGUUCCUUGGAUUAGACUAUGGUCUAAUUACUGCAGUGAUAAUUGCUCUGAUGACUGUUAUUUAUAGAACACAAAGUCCAACCUACACAGUUCUUGGUCAACUUCCCAACACAGAUGUAUAUAUCGAUAUAGAUGCAUAUGAGGAGGUGAAGGAGCAUGCUGGGAUAAAAAUAUUCCAAAUAAAUGCCCCAAUUUAUUAUGCUAAUAGUGACUUGUACAAUAAUGCACUAAGGAGGAAGACUGGAGUUAACCCAGCACUUAUAAUGGCAGCAAGGAGAAAAGCCCUGAAGAAGCAUGCCAAGGAAUUAGGGACCCAAGGCAAACCCAAAUCUUCAGUUGUAAAAGUUGAUGAGGAUGCAGAAACAGGCGGGGAAGAAGAAGCAAAACAAGAAGAACAGAAUGAAGAAAAUGCAAAGCCGAUGACAAUUGAUUCACUGGUCCAAAAAACAUUUCCAGCAGAACUGGAAAGGUUUUUGCCUCCAGGACCAAAUGUUCACACUAUGAUUUUGGAUUUCUCACAAGUCAAUUUUAUUGAUUCAGUUGGAGUAAAAACUGUAUCAGGAAUCCUAAAAGAAUAUGGAGAUGUUGGUAUUUAUGUAUAUUUAGCUGCAUGCAGUGCCCAAGUUGUGAAUGACCUCACUCGAAACAGGUUUUUUGAGAAUCCCUGUGUAAAGGAGCUACUAUUCCACAGCAUUCACGAUGCAGUUUUAGGUGCAAAAGUUCGAGAAGCCCUUGCCCAGCAAGAAGCCUUAGCUCCCCCUCCAGAGGAGGACUCAGAGCCGAUUGCUGACCCUGAGGAAUAGAAGCGGUCUUAACCACCCCUCGCUUUAUAAAACCUCUUGUGAAACUAGGUAGACAUUUUGAAGUAUCAGACAUUAAGAAUUUUCACUUUUUAGGUAAAUCCUAUUAGUUGAGAACUGCUUGAUUUGGAGGGUGAAUGAAGCAUCUCAAGAUGUGUCACUUACUUGUAUUUUUUUCUGUCCAACGAUUUCCAAAAAAUUAGUCUCUUCUGCAGCUUUCUGCAUGGAAUUUACAUCUACCACUGUAUAUUUUUUCAAUGAUCCUUUCUAAUAAGGACAAGCUUGCUGCCAGGUGAGUGGAAUAUGUUGGCAGAUUUUGUAAUCUAACCAGGUAGCCUUCUAAUAGGCAUGGCUGAAGGGCCCUGAAAAGCAUACUUUUUCACUCAAGUUUUGUUUUGUUUUUAAAACAAAAGUAGGACACUUCAUUAUACAACAAAGCAUAAGUAUUAAUGAAGUAGGUAGGUACGGUUUGGUACCUUUCUCAGCAACAUACGUUAUUAGUCAGGGCUUAAUUUAAUCCUGGUUUUGUCCUUAGGUUUAAACACUUCUCUCAACUAAUUCUGAACGUUACACUCAGUGUCGGAGUAGAAGUUCCCUUCUGACAUGUUCGUAGCUGGGCUACUUCAGACUGUUGUCAUCUAAAACUCUUACUGUUGCAAUUAUCACUGUGAUGAAACCUGCAUGCUUUUGUUAUCAGGUAAUAGGCCUUACUGGCAAAGGAAGCACAUUUUCUGGCAACAGUAAGUUUUCUUUUUCUAAGUCUCUGGUGUCUUCUUUUCUAGCCUAAAAAGAAGUGCCGGGGGAAGAGAUAUUUAGCCUUUGGUUCUUAGCUUUCUGACUUGUUCAGAUUAGUACACAGCAAAGUGAUAUUGCUGAUUUAUGGGAAAUUUUAACGGGUCUCUUUCUUCUCCCCUUAUUUCAAAUCAGAUUUAAUAGUUACAUCAGUACUGUUAUCGCCCCCUGCCCUAAUCCAGUUUCCCUUGGUCUCCGUUUGUAUUGUCCUUCCCUUAGUAAGAUACACAAGAUCAGAUACAUCUGCUUUCUGAUACAGACUGCCUUCUGAAAGAGCAUGUAGUUAUCCAAUUCAGUUUAUUCUAGAAACUGUUUUCCAAAGUCCAUUAUCUUCUUCAGUACCACUGAUUUAAACAGAACUUAAUGAGGACCUUAAUCAGAUAUUAUGUGGUUUUAACCACAUAUGCUUUAGCACCAAUAAAGUAGUACCUUGCACAUCACAGAUGCUAAAUAAAUAUUUGUGGUUAACUAUUUGAUUCCUUAUCUUACAAUAGUUUAACCUUUUCAAUAUUUUUUAUUUCUGUAUUAUAUUACUUCUGUUCUACAUUUUUAACAGAAUUCCUACAUGUACAUAAAAACUGUUGAAGAAAGUGCUGUGUGAGAGGAGGGGAAUAUAUUUUACUAAAAUCAGUUAUUUUUGUUUCUUCACAUCUAUUACUUCUAAAAGUCAAGGUCCCUUUUGGGUAAAUUGUUUAUGCAGGAUCAUGGAAGAUAUUAAAAUGAACUAUUUUUACAGCAAGUGGGAUUUGGGGACGUUAAUACACAGGGUCUUUAUUUUCUUUGUUGCUUUGGUACCCCAAGACAUUAAAGUUGCUACUUGUAGGGCUUUCCAUAUUUCAUAUGAUUCUGCCUUCAGAUAUAGAAAGUCAUGGACAAUUUGGGGGUUAAUAAUACCCAAUUUCUGUUCCAAGAAAUUUAUUGAUGAGUUUUGGGCUUAUCCACUGUCAUUGCAAUCUGUUGUUACAAUUUGGAGGCUCCUUAAUUGUAAGGAUAAAUAAAAGCAGUCCUCCAAUAUAGCCUGCCCAACUCCAACUCCAAGUGAGGUUACCAUUGCUGAUCUAUACGGAUGUAUGGGUAUGAUGUCAGAGUACAUAUGCAUGUUUGACUUUCAGCAAAGGGGUCAGGGAAUCCUCAGUACCAGUCAGACCCUACCUCUACAGCCUUGCAGGUAGCUGGUGAGAGGGUUACUAUCAGGAUGUAGCAAUUCACGUUUAUAUUGUGCUUUACUGUUUACAAAGUGCUUUUCUUUUAAUUUGAUGAAGUAGGUCAAUGAGGAAACAGAAUCCAAGAGGUUUGCACAAUCACGGGGAUGGAAAAGGUGCUUGACUUGGAAACAUGAUAUCGAUGGGCUCAAUAUUAGCCCUGACAUUAGCUGGGUAAUCAUGAGCAAAUCACUUAAGCUCUCUUGCACCUAACUUUCCUCAGCUGAAAAAAAAUGUCUAAAACCUGCAGUACUUCCUUCACUGGGUUGUCGUGAGAAUAAAAUAAGAAAACAUAAACAAAGCACUUUGCAAACCUUAGAGUGCCAUACAAAUGUCAGCUAUUAAACUGAUUUGCUCACCACCGUUCAGCUAGUACAUGGUGGAACCCAGCUGAAAACUUUCCACACCAUGCUACCUCGCAGAGAGCUCAAGGAAACAAGGAAGGAAAUGGUUACUCUAGGUCCUCCCGUAGGCUUAUUCCUGCUGCUUUAUUCCAAGUACCACAUCCUUAUUUGUAUAAUAGCUGCCUCUUCAGAAAUGAAGAAUGGUGACUGCAUCUCUAUGUGAUAACUGACAUUUUUGCUAUGAGAAAUAGACUGUCUUUCCAGACAUGUGUUUGAGAAUGGGUAGGGAGCCUGAAAGGAGGCAAUAAAUUAAAUUGGGCCCUGAGAAUGUGGGGUUGGGAGGUGGGGGGGUUCUCUGUGUGUGUUGGGGGAGGGAGGGAAAGGGAGGGAGGGUUGUGUGCCUUUGUGUGGGGAUUGGGGGAAGGGGUUUGUAUCUACUUCUGUGUGCCCCAUGUGGGGAUGGGAUAAAAUGUCUGCCCAAGUAAGGGGUGGGAGUGUGUGUGUCUGCCCCUUUAAAGGUAUUAAUGUCAUUUCAAUUCUGAAAUCAUACAAGACUGCAUGACAUUUGACUAUGUCUGCCUUAACCAAUACCAGAAGGCUGUAGGCUUUCUUAAUAUCUGUAUGCCUUCAACAAUAUACUUAGGAGGAAUAAUUGCGUUAGUGUGUCUAGAUUCCCACUAAUGUAAGCAAGAGCUGAUGACUGAUGCAAGCUAUUUAAAACAUACAGCAAAUUAAAAUACAACUAAUAUUUUUAAAGUACCUCAAAACAACAUAAAACUCUUAAAAAUAUUCAGAAGCCAAUAAUAUUCCAUGUAGCCUCUGCUCAGUGACUUCUCAAAGCAGGAUCCACAUUGAUUACCCAAAUGCCUUGGUUUAAUGUGCUCACAAAACCAUCUGGGGAUAAGAAUGGCUUGCUGACUCUUCCAAUGUACAUUACACUUUGUAUAAGAAAUGUUUUUUAAAAGUGUAUGAAACAUAGGUUCAAAUCUGGCCUCAGACACUUCCCAGCUGUGUGACCCCCAUUGCCUAGCCCUUACCACUCUUCUGCCUUGGAGCCAAUACACAGUAGUGACUCCAAGAUGGAAGGUAAGGGUUUUAUUUUUUUAAAAAAAGUGUAUGAAAUAAUUUUUUAGAUAUACCCCAUGUUAAAGGUAUUAAAGAAAAUGUACUUUAAAGGACCCUCCAGUGACUUUUUUUGAAGCAAAAUUCCAUUUUGCAUUUUGAAUUGCCAUUCACUAAUUUUAUAGACUCUGAGAUGAGGAUCUUCAUACACUAUUUUUGUCAGUGGGAUACACCUGUACUACUUUGAGACACUCCCUAUGUAAUUGCCUACUCUUGAGUAUUUACAGGCAUUUCCCACUUUCCAUAGUAUUCUGUUCUCAGAAUCAGUCCCAUAAAAUAAAGCAAAUAUUCCCAUAGGAAGUUUUUUUCAAUUAGGUAUAACAUAACUGACCAAAGAUUCAGUUUUAAUUAAAUCUUAGCAAUGGCCCACUGUGUAUCAUUAAAGCAAAGAAAGAGACAAAUAAUACUGUUACUUGUUUCGCUGUUAACUAUUGUUUGGCAUAAAAACCCAAGCUCUUCAAAUUAUCAGUUGCCUACUUAUCUGAGAAGUUGAAUUUCUACUUUUUAACUGAAGAUGAAAAAUUGCUAAAAACCUACUUCAACUUUGCACUUUCUAAUACAGGCAAAAGCCGCCUAACAUUUUCAGGAUGAAGUUUAAAGCUGACUUUUGCAUUCACUGUUAGAUUACAACAACCUAUGUCUGUAUAUGAAAGUGAAAAUUGUCAAGAAUGUGUCAUGAUUAUAAUCAAAUUUACUUAAAUCAGAGCACUACAGUACAAAGCUUGUGUAUUCUCCUUAUCCCACACUUCUUCAGUCAUCGGUAAUUGUUUUAUUUUUAGUUUAACCUGCUAUUGGCUGGCUUACUUUGUUUUUAUAAUUCAAGAAAGGUAUAGGGCAGAGGAAAUGACUGGAAGUAGAAAAAAGAAGAGCAGAACUUGUCUGAUCCGUUUUAUAUGUGAAAUAUCAAGAAUAAAAACUAUGGUUGAGCUAAAA